AGUCUGUUUAAUGUCGUGAAUGCUUGGCUUACUUAUAUCGGUAAUAUGUGUGCGGUAAUGUUCGUUUUAUUAAUUAUUUUAAUUUCAUUCCGAUUGAAUACAAUUUCAGGGAUGAUAAACCUAUUUAAACCGUGUUUACAUUUUCAGUUGAUAGUAAAUUCUAUGAUAUAGCGACCAUCUGUGACAAUGCUAUGAUUUACGGAGCAGAUUUCAAAUGGGAUAUUUCUCGGACAACUUUUGCGAUUGAUUUCGACAAAAUCUGCAAGCCAAGCGAAUUGAGCCUUCUUAACUCACUUUAUUUUGUUGGAGGAUCUAUAAGUCUGCUUUGUGGAACGGUGGCAUUUGAAACUCUGGGAAGAAGGAAAACUGCAGUCCUAGGGGGUCUUUUUGGGACAAUCUCCACAUUCAUGGGAACGUUUUGCAAUAGCUACAAUUUCAUGAUCGCAAUCCGUCUUCUGCAAGGGAUUGGUAACUUUGUUUCCUUUGCUGGAACGUACAUCUGGGUAUUAGAGUUCGUUCCUGAACAGUACCGGAUCUACUAUAACACGUGGUCCAUGUUGAUCUGGUGUAUCGGUUACCCACUUCUGGUAUCUGAUGACCCUCGGUAAAGUCGAAGAAGCAAAGAAAGUGCUAGUUAUGUACGCCAAGCUGGCCAAGAAGCCUAUUAAUCUGGACGAUGUGAACCUGAUCGUGGGGGAAAACGCAACUAAAGAUGAAGGGAAAAUCUACCAAAGACAGAAUAGCCGACAUCCUUAGUAACAAAGCUGUAUUGCUGGAGACGUUAGUACAGUGGUACUACUGGUUCACCAGUUGUAUGUUAUUCUACUUCUUAAACUACGGCUGGAGUAGCUUUGGUGACACUCCUUACGUUAACUACCUUUUCGCAGGGUUGGGAGAGGCAAUAGCAUACUUGUCUCUCAUACCGAUCAUCACUUACGUCGGUCGGAGGAAGGGGAUGGUAUUUGUCCUGGGUAUGAGUUGCGCCUGUUUCCUGCUAGGUAUGAUACCAUGGCAGUGGUCGGAGCUGUGGAGCUUUGAGAGGCUGAUGACCAUGGCAUCCAUUAUUGGGGUGUCGGCUGCAUUUGCUCUAGCAUUCCUCUACACCAAUGAGUUGGCGCCAACUACACAUAGAGGACUGGUUCUCAGCUCCUGUAGCAUUAUUGCUCGAGGCGCGGCGUUCGUUGGACCGUUUGUGUCGGAGAUAUUCGAGAGCAGUACCGUGAAACUUGGGGUUAAUGCAGUACUGGCAGGAUCAGCCGCCCUUAUCUGUCUGCUGCUUCCUGAGACAAGAAAGUUGCCGAUUCGGAACGACCUCACAUAUUAUACCUCAAUACGUCCAAAAUAUUUAUUACUACAACCACCAAAUACAUUAACACAACUUUAG